AUGAAGCCCCAGGACCAUCAUCCAAGCGACCGUAGAGAUGUCGUUCGCUUACCUCGGAUCACAUUUUUCGUCCUCAUCUGUGGGGUCUGCCUUGCGAAUUUCGUUGUCGCUCUCGACACCAACAUAAUCGCCACCGCACUGCCAUCCAUCACGAGUACAUUUGGCACCAUCCAGCAAGUGGGCUGGUAUGGCUCAGCCUACAUGCUAGCUAUUAGCGCAGUUCAGCCAUCAUUCGGUCGAUGUUACACUGUAUUUUCAGUCAAACCUGUCUUUUGUGUUGCGAUUGCAACAUUUGAGCUCGGAUCUGUCCUCUGCGCUGCAGCAGAUAGUUCUGCUAUGUUUAUAGCGGGGCGAGCUGUUGCAGGGGCUGGAGCAGCGGGUGUGUUUGCUGGGAGUAUGACCAUCGUUACCAGGACGGUACCUCUGGAAACACGAUCCUUCUACAUUGCCAUAGUUUCGAGUAUGUUUGGCAUUUCCUCGAUCCUAGGUCCUACUGUGGGUGGUGCUCUAACCGACGGGGUCUCUUGGAGGAUGUGUUUUUGGGUUAAUCUUCCAAUUGGAGCUAUCGUCAUCGCAACAGUGUUGAUUUUCUUUCGGAGCGAAGUAUCUCCAAUGGACGAAGAUUCUGGCACCAAAGUCACUAUCCUAGAUAGAAUCUUGGACUUGGAUAUAUUAGGUGCUCUCUUGAUAGUGGGCGGUGUUAGUGCUCUAUUUAUGGCGCUCGAAUGGGGUGGUUCUGUCUAUCCUUGGUCAGAUUCUCGCGUCUGGGGAUGCCUCCUCACCUUCUCCCUGGUUCUCUUGGCAUUUUCUGUACAGCAAUUCCUUCGGGGAGAGCGAGCUACUAUGCCUAGUAGAGUGAUAUCUCAUCGAUCGGUAUUAGCAUGCUACAUCUUUGCAUUCAUGCUCAAUGUGGGUGCUUAUGUGCACAUGUAUUAUAUGCCGAUAUAUUUCCAAGCUGUGAAGGGUAAAUCCGCAACGACAUCUGGCGUCCUGCUUGUUCCAUACCUUGUUUCCAAUAUCACCAUGUCUCUUUUUACCAGUUUACUGAUAGCGAAGGUGGGCUAUGUAUCGCCAUUUAUGAUAACUAGUGCAGCUUGUUUCACUAUUGGUUCCGGUAUUUUAUUUACUCUGAGAGUAGACACGAGCCUUGCCCAAAGCAUUGGGUACCAGAUACUAGCGGGUGGUAGUGCUGGCUUAGCAGUACAAGUACCUUUCGUCGCAGUACAGGCACUGCUGGACCCUAGCGACGCUCAGAUCGGUGUUGGCUUGGCCAUUUUUGCCAACUCGCUAGGAGGGGCCAUGUCGACAAGCAUUGCUCAGAAUAUCUUCAGUAACUCUUUGGCACGAAAUCUCGCUCAAUAUGCCCCUGGUAUCGAUCCACAACAGAUAAUAAACACUGGAGUCACGGAACUGAGACAAAAGUUCCCUGUCAAUUCAAUGGCAGGAAUAUUGGAGGCUUAUGUUUCAUCGAUUGACGAUUCUUUCAUCUUACCAAUUAGCGUUGGAGGAGUUGCUUUUCUGGCUUCUCUCUUUGUGGAAUGGAAGAGUAUCAAGCCGGCGAAGUAG